GAGACCCCCCGCUAAAUUCUUGAAACCCUAAACCCUAGCGCACCGAUCUCCCCUCAUCGCGCUGCCAUCGAGACGAUCCAAGGUAGGUUUUCCAAGCUCAAUUUCGUAGGAGAAGGGAGCCGUGAAUUUCUAUUUAAAAAAAAUGCAGUCCGUACAUUGUAGCUGGGCUGGGAGAACAUUUGGUAUAGCUAGAUGCAGUAGCAGUGAUUCUGGCGACAAGAAGCCACGGAGUAGACGAACAAAAGAGGAGAGGAAAACGAUGGUUGAGUCCUUUGUAAAGAAGUACCAAAGUUUGAACAAUGGAAAAUUCCCAUCACUUAAUCUAACACACAAGGAAGUUGGUGGAUCCUUUUAUAUUGUACGGGAAAUUGUGAGAGAGAUCAUUCAGGAGAACAGAGUUCUAUGUCCCGGAAACUCAACUUCCAAAGCACUAAAUCUUGAAUAUGGCCCCGAAGAAAUGACAGGAGACUCUUUUGCCAUGGACACAUCCGCACCAUUGUCUAUAUCAACUAUCAAUCUUGCAGUCAACCAAGAACAAGGAGAGAGUUUUUCUUUGUCUAAUGAUGAGAAAAGGACGAGUUCAGAAAUUAUCGAAAUAGAGAAGUCUGUCAACCAAGAAUAUAUGGAAACUGAUCCAAAUAUUACUUUUGUAUCACAAGUUCUGGAUGGUGAACAAGACCAUGCGAUUUCUACUGGUUAUCCAAAUGAGAAGUUGGAGAAUGCGAGUAAUGUGGUAUCCAACAUUGGUGAACUAUCAGGGGUAAGAGAUGAAAAGUUGGGAGUUUAUGAAAAAACACACGCUGAAGUUUCAGUUUUCAGUCCAGAAAAUUCCAGUAAGUUUGAGAAACUGGUUCCCUCGUAUGAAACUGUGUCUACGACUCCUCUCCAGUCUGAAUCUGACCUGGAUGGUGAAGAAUACCAUGAAAAUUUUAAUGGUACAUAUAUCAAUGAGAAGCUGGAGAAUUUAAGUUAUGAGGAACCCAACCUUAGCAGACUAUCUGGGGUGAUGUAUGAGAAGUUAGGAGUUUCUGAACAAACACGUGGAGAAGUUCAAGUUCACAGCUCAGAAAAUUCUGGAAAGGUUGAGAGUCUAGCCGGUUCUGUGACUUCUCCACUAAUCGAAUAUAGCAGUGAUAGCGAACAAUACCAUGGGAUUUCCAAUGGUUCUCUUUUAAAUGGAAUGUUGGAGAGUUGUAAGGAUGACAACCUUGGCAAACGAUCAGGGUCAGAAAAUGAUAAUGUAGAGGUUUCUGAACAAACACAUGCUGAAGUUCAAGUUCACAGUCCAGAAAUUUCUGAAAAGGUGGCAUCUAUGACUCAUCCCAUGUUUGAUUCCAAAAUUGGUAUGACAGGAUCAAUUGAUUCUCCAUCACCAAGCAGUUCUCUUCCACUGUCAGAUAACUUCUUCAGAACCAGUAUUUGUCCAGAUCCACUAACAGCUUGUGCUUCUCUUAGUGGUGGAGAAGAUCGUCCACUAUCAUCAGCUGAUGCCGUGACUAGCAAUCCAGGUAAAUCUCAGAAUUCAAUAGGCAUGACAACUUCCCUUGAGGUACCAAAAACGUCUGAUUCUGAUGAAGUGAGUGUAGCAUUCAUGCCAUUUGAAAAAGGUUCUGUCAUAAACAAGUCAGAAACAACAGAAACGCUAUCAUCCAUUGUCGCUGAUGAAAUAUCAGAUGCAAACCCCUGUAGACAACUUUCAUUUGAAAAAGAUACUGUAGCAGGCAUGCCAGAAAUGACAGGAACACUAAUGUCUGCUGAUAUUGAUGAAGUAUCAACCAAAAUGAAUGGAUCCAUACAACAGAACUUAGAGUCCCCUGCAUUGGGAGGUAGGGGACUUUUGGUAAGUUUCAAUACCAUAGCCUGCUGUAUAUUUGGUUUGAGUUUACAUCUUUUAUGUUACUUGGUAGUUAAUUUUUAUCUUUGCAUGUGUUGAAAGUUGUUUGUGAUACCAUCUUAUGAAGUAUUUCUUUAAGAUGUACGAGUAAAUAAUAAUUGCAUAAUUCAAAGAGUUGCACGUGCAUUUAUUGAAGGUGCGCAUAAAUUCUUGUCCU